AUUUACAGUCUAUACCAUUUUCCAAUCAAUAAAAUUAAAGCUUAUAAAUAUGAAGGAUGGCUUCAAAUCAAUAGAAAUAGAGCCAACAGAAGGUUAUCUAGAUUUCAUUGGUCCAGCAAAGUUCGAUAAUACAAAUGAACCAGCACGUGUAUUAAAAGGCGAAGUAAGAUUUACUCUCACUAAGCCAGUCAAGAUCCGAAAUAUGUCUGUCAAAUUCAAAGGUUUUAGUCACAUUACCUUACAUCAACCUACAAACAUUGAAAUGACCUCGCCUCUUUUACCAAAGCUGAAGCUUCCUAUUUUUGGAAGGACGACCUUACCAGCAGGGGAUCAUGUAAUACCUUGGGAAAUGGAUAUACCAAACAUAUACCCCAGAAGCUUAUUAGUAAAAAGAGCAACAAUCAAUUACAAAGUCAUUGUAUCCAUCUCUACUGGUAUAACAAGAACACUUACUGCCGAGUAUCCAAUUGUAUUACGUAGACAUUUAUUGCCAUACAAGGAGCUGGCGCCUAUCAUUGAGACGAAAUUAUUUCAAAGAACUGUACCUGGUAAAUUUCAUUACGAGAUUGAUGCCCCGCAAAUCGUGUGUAUUGAACAAGAACAUAUUCCUAUUGCUAUCAAAUACAUUAGUUUCGCAAACCAAAAGACUGUUCAAUCAAUUAGAACUCGUUUGGUUCAAAUAGAAUUAUACAGACGACAGUCUUUAUCAAAAUCAGAUUCCGAUUUAUCAUACAGUAAUAGAGAUUCACAAAUAUUUGACUUGGACCAAAAAAUGGCUGAUGCCAGUCACUACAAAGACACACAUGUUAAAUUUAUCAAGAGAACAGUCCCUGCACUCAUUCACAUACCCGAUUCGACAACUUCGGCUUGGAAACGACCAUGUCUUGUACGACAUCGUCUCCACCCUUAUUUGUCUUACACUUUGGAUUCCCCACUUGUAUCUAUUUAUCACCAAAUCGAAGUGACUUUCCAAUUUGGCAUGAAAUACGAAGAGAUCAAAGCAAAAAUCCCAAUCAUCGUUGCAUCCAUUCCUAAAAGAGAAUCAUCUGCCUCCAGUGCACCUGCAGAUGACAUGAUGAUGAAGUAUGCUUUUGAAGAGGUGGCUCGUUCAGAAUUCUUACCGUACCGCUUAGAAUCAAGAUCUGCUCCCCAAAAUAUAACGGACGAUGACCUGACAACCCAAAAUAACGACAGUUACAGUGUAAUUCGUGACAAUAAUAUCAUGCCUGAAGUAAGUGACGAUGAGGAAGGAAAUAUAACCGGACGUGUGACACCUAUGAUGUUUGUCAACGAAAUGAAAACGACAACACCAACGCCUUAUAUGGUUUCGAACAAUAACCACUCAUGUCAAUAUGAUAUUGCUACCGGAGGUAGACGUGCAUUGUCCCCAACCCCAGAAACGGGUAGCUCUUAUUUGAAACAGGAAGAACAUAGACAGUUGAAAAAGUUUGCUUCUGCUCUGGAUCUUAGUACAGUAUCGCAAGAAUUAUCAUACAAACCAGAUGCAAUAUAUCCAGAGGAAAGACCAAGAACUACUACGCCAACCAUGAGAAGACAACCAAUGUACAGAAACGCCUUACAACCACCCAAUUUUGAGCUUGGUAUAAUGUCUCAAGAAGAAUUAUACAAACCUGAUGAGGCAGAUCCAGAGGAAAGACCUCGAACGACUACACCAACCAUGAGGAGACAAGUGAUGCACAGAAAAGCUCUACCGCCUCUUAACAUUGAUCUUGCAAAUAGAAAAGAAAGAGGGCCACUACCACCACCACCUGUCAAUCUACCAUUACCACUACCUCCACAGCCAGCUAAAAAUAAAAUAAUAAAUGAUUCAGGAAGUUCAGAUGUUUUACCCGCUGUUGAUCGAGCCGUAAUUAAUAGUCGAAACGAUAAUAGUCAUAAUAACACCACAAACAACAGAAAGAACAAACAAUGGUCAGGGUAUGACGAUAGCAAUGAUGAUCUAAGAUCAAUUUAUUCUGACUCAUCAAUGACAAGUGCAAAUGCACCGAGCCUAAGCUCUUCCGCUACAUUAUCAACAAAUAAGAGUUAUCCCACGCUUCAUUCAAGACCCCCUUCGCCCGUCUUUAGCCCCGCUCCCGGAUUACCAGCAACGAUUGCUUUGCGACAUCAAGAGAUCCAAGCAUCACAAGUGGAAGAAACGUUUCCAGAUUCCGCUACUGCCAUGUCUCCCGCCAUGAACACAGUAGCAUCGUCAGCGGUUUUAUCUCCUCGAACCAGCUACGCACUCCAUAGAAGAAUUGCGUUAUCUACUAUAUCAUCGUUAACAAAUGAUUCAUUGCAACUAGGCCCUUCCUUAGUUUCAAGAGGAAGAUCUUCAUCUACGGUUGAUCCAGAUAUACAAUCGUUGAUGAUGAUGAGUCGGUACAGUGACAAUAGUUAUGAUUCCACACCACCCAAUAGAUAUAUCAACGCUAGAUUACCACCCAUACCCACAUCCACUACUAUACCACCUAAAAAGGAUCCAAGUAGGAGAUUAACCAAAAUAUACACGGAUGACAGUGACGAUGAAAUCGUAGAAGAGGAGCCUUUUCCGGAGCACUUACAAGGCACAUCAUCAAAGUUACAAGGUUCAUCAUCACAGUUACAAGGUUCAUCAUCACAGUUACAAGGUCCAUCGUCGCACGUACAAGGUCCAUCGUCACACUUACAAGGUUCAUCAAAUAAUACCGUAAAUGAUAUAAUCCAAGAUGAUUGUCCGCCACCGAGGUUACCAAGAUUGUCAUUUGGCGGAGAUUUCGGUAUCUCCCUUGGAAUCUAAAAGAUAAUAAAAACUGUACAGUAAUAAUAAUAAUAAUAAUAAAUGAGGCAACCAGGGC